UGAGGGGAGCGGAGCGGAGCCGCCAUGUUGGCGGGGGGCGCCGGGCUCUGGAAAUGGCAGCGCGGGGCGGGGCCGCCGCCGCCGCUUCCCCUCAUGCUCUCCUCUCCGCAGGGCUGCUGCGGCCGCUGCGGGCCGGGGCCGCGCUGGCGCUGGCGCUCGGCCGCGCCCGCUGCGCGUCGGGCCUCUCCGCGCCGCGCGUCGGAGGAGCGCGGGCGCCGGCAGCGGCCUCUGUGAAGAGUCUGGUGCCGCGCGGCGGCGGGGCCCGCUCCCUGCUCGGCAGUGUCACACCUCUACUUCCAAGUAUACUUCAGCAGCCAGUGAGGACUCUCACAUACUGUAGCUUACGGAAGGGAAAGAGGAAAUCCGUGAAAGCUGUAAUCGAUAGGUUUCUCCGACUGCACAAUGGCCUUUGGGUAAGGCGAAAGGCUGGUUACAAGAAAAAAUUGUGGAAAAAGUCAGCUGCCCAGAAAAAGCGCUUGAGAGAGCUGGUGUUGUGCAACAAAACGCAAUGUAAACUCCUAGAUAAAAUGACCACUUCUUUUUGGAAGAGAAGAAAUUGGUACGUUGAUGAUCCCUAUCAGAAGUACCAUGAUCGCACAAAUCUUCGUUUGUAGAAAUCUUGUUUCAUUUUAGCAUACCUCUAGGAAACAGGUGAUGUUAUAUGGAAUAUGUCUCCUUUAUCUAUUUCCAAAGAUAAAUCAGUAAUGCCUGCUUAUUUUAGGAAUAAAUAUACCUAUAUUAUCUGGACAAAAUUAUGAGUCUCAAUGGCCAAAAUAAAGGAAUGUUCAAGAAUA